CUCAAUUUGAUCCCGAUUCUGGAAAUUAUGUCCCUCGUUUUGAAAAGCAAUAUCGCGCAAGCUAGCGCUAUGCGACCAAUGUCCCAAGGCGAGCCUCCGCCAGUCAGAAAAUUUCUACCAGCAGUUGGCGCCAUGAAAUUUUGGGCCACAAUAUUCCAAAAGUCAAUGGUACUUUUCAAGGAAAGAUACGAGGAACCCAGGCCGCGAAUCAUUGAUAAACGUACAUACUGUAUUCGAGGCAAGACAGAUUGGUUGGGUGUCUAUGAUGAGCUCGAAGCAGCUCGACAGGUGUGGAAGGGGAAAGGCUUUAUGGGAGACGUGAAGAAAGGCAUGCGGGCAGUUUUAGAAAGAGUUCAAGUCCUACGCCAACCCAUUAACUUGGGAUCCGACAUAGAAUUUGUGUCUCCCGUCUUUGCGGCUAUACAAAUCAUUGUAGACGCUGCGAAAGAGGCUUCCAAAGUACGGGCCGGAGUUUCAGAUGCCUCAGGUGGUGAUCUGGAGGAAAAGUUUGGACUUAUCGAGCAGUUUCUCGCUAUAUUUGAAAAUGAUGAAGUUGUCGAAGGCGCGUCCGUAAAUCUGAUAGCGUCCAUAUUGAAGGCAGUGGAAGAUGUAAUUGGAUAUUACACAAAGAAUAUGUUGCUGAAGGGCGGAGCCGCAUUGCUUCGUGGGGAGGAUUACUACAAAUAUCUUAAAGAAAGCCAGGAACGGAUCAAAUUGAGUUGUGAGAGUCUCAUUCUACAAGCCAAAACCUCUGACAUGUGUCGGACGCGACAACUAUGGAACAAAGUGGACGAAGGUGCGUGGUUCAAAUUCAUCCCGAUAUUUGGCGAGAUACUGAGAUUGAUCAUAAUGACUAUUCUCUGUCCAGGCUACAGAGAACUGAUGGCAGAGCAACAGAAGCUUAACCACGACCAACAAAUCGUGAAGGAUAAUACUCAGGAGAUAUUAGAAUACCAACAGCGCGAGGCGACCAAGCUGAAUGAGGUGAUAGGCCUACUUGAGGGCUAUCAACGCAACCUAGACCAGCACCAGAAUUUGCUACUCCAUGGAAACGGGCAGAUUAAUGCACUUAACAAGCAGACUGCAUACUCCAACACUCCUUCCAUCGACGCAUUGGACAUCAAGCGUUGGACGCCGUCGCCUCAGCCACAGCUGGCUCCAGUUGUGUGGAUAACGCAACGUGAGCUGCGGACUCUUCUUGGCGUUCUAGACCUGGACGAGGUUGACACGAAAUAUAUCAAACAACGAGGAGGACAAUAUCCUGACAACCACCGAGCACGAGUCGAGCAGCUCGUCACUACCGCCCAAUUCCGUGAAUGGAUUGGUACCGCUGCUUCACACAUACUUCUAAUACAUGGGGACUUUGGUGAACCAUCUAAGCAUUAUGUCUCGGCUCUGUCGCUGUUCUGUACCACCAUUGUAGAAGCCUUGAGAAGAAUGAAUCGAUUUCUUCCCCUUGUCUUCUUUUGCGGCAGCCACCUUGAUACCAGGGAUGGCCCUAUAGGUGGCGAGGGAAUCAUCAAGAGUCUAGUUGCACAGCUCCUUCGACAACAGAUUUUCGACACGAGACAGCUACACCAAGAAAUCGAUCUAAACAAAGUCAACAGUGGAGACGUUGUUGAGCUCUGUGUCUGGUUUCGCUGGCUAGCUCGGCGAGUUCCCGAGAAUGUAACGUUGUUCUGCUUGAUCGAUGGGAUUAUUCUAUACGAGCGAUCCGACUAUGAGUACACUAUGGGACAAGUUUUGGCAUAUCUUCUGGAGCUAACCAGAGACUUGAGCAUUCGUAGUAUCUUGAAGGUUCUCAUCACUAGCCCAGGGGCAACUGCCAAGGUACGCCAGCAUCCAGCCUUUUACGGUGGCAAUAAUAUUCUCUCAAUGGCUACCAUGUCACCAUUGGGACAGGGUUCGAGUGAAGCGCGGCUUGCAAGACAGCUGGGAGAGAAUUUGGGCGAUCUUCGCCCGGGGAGCCUUCUUAUCGGCUCUUAACCUGUUAGAAUCUCUACGAUUUCUCCUUGAUGGCAGUUUCUCCUUCAUAACGUAGUACUUAGUCGAUGAGGAAACAUAUUGACAACACCCACACCCCGCCCCAAAGUUGUUUAUACGGAAUGUCACGCGGUAAAAUUCCUUGGCUACUCAAAUUCGGC